CCGCGAUGGAAUGACUUGUAUCACAUAACACUGCAUUUAUAAUGAUUAUUUAUUUUUAAAUUCGCGUAUUUUAAAUACCCACAAUGAGACACAAGUAGAAUAAUAAAGUGAAUUAAAAACGUGUGUUAAAUCGAUAUCCGUGGCAUUCUUUAUCCGCUUUCACUUACUCUACAUUCGAAAUUAGUGUUAAUCUACAAGGUGAUUUUCUGAGUAAGUCGCGAAAUUCGGGAAUUAUUAUUUUAUAAAUAAAGAAUACGAAAAAAAGUUACAAAGUUGCAUCAAAUAUGAGUUUCGCAUCAGAACAGAAGGUCGAGGAAGUGGUGCGACGAGAACCUUUCUGGAUUUUCGGCUAUGGUUCCCUUUGCUGGAAUCCAGGCUUUGAAUACCAGAAGUCAGUCACAGGAUAUGUAAAAGGAUUUUCUAGAAGAUUUUGGCAAGGAAAUACCACGCAUAGAGGAACUGAAACGAAGCCUGGACGUGUUGCCACUCUUAUAGAAGAUAAAGAGGGAGUGACAUGGGGCAAGGCUUUCUUAAUAGCAGCGGAAGAUAACGCAGCACUCCCUUAUCUCUCAACAAGAGAAUGCCAAUUAGGAGGAUAUCGGAUUUACACUGUAAAUUUUCAUCCCAAACCUUCAUUAUUCACACCGUCCAGUAGCCAUAACCAAUUUUGCACUGAUAAAAAAGAUGCUCUUCUAUACAUCGCCGUACCAGAAAACAGACACUGGCUCGGUGCCGCUCCUCUACCUGAUAUAGCAAAACAAAUACUCGAAUGCCAAGGUUCUUCAGGAUCCAACGUAGAAUAUCUAUUGAGGCUAGCAGACUUCAUGCGAGAAGAAAUACCAGAGGCCCUCGACGAACAUUUGUUCUCUUUAGAGCGAUUGGUGAAAAAAUUCGCAGCUGAUAUGAAGAUAUGUUUGAGAACUUUAAUGGGCGACGAUGAGAAGUCCGAGGAAAACAAACCUGAACCUCAAGCGGUCGUUCCGAGCUUCCAAUUCGCGUCUAGGAUUCCAGAUAAGAAAUUGCGUUGCGUCAACAUGUGAUUUGCUAAUUGCCUAAAGGCGUAAAAAUAUUGAGAGCCUAUUCGAAUGAAACAAGUCAAAAAUAAGACCUAGCCAUGACUUAAGUUAGAUCAAUGUGCAGAUACAUUUAAUUUUAAUUUUAGUUAAAUGAAAUUUUGAGAAGCUUUAAAAUACCAAAAUAGUUAUGAUGUGACUAAUUUUGGUACAAUAUUGUUAAUUGACAAUAUUGAAUAUUAUGUCAUUGUGAUUGUGAUAGUUUUAUUUCAAUUACAUGACGAUGAUAUCGUCUUUAAAAUAUUAACAACACUGAAUAUUCGUAUAAUUGAUUUCAAAAUAAUCCGGACAUAUUAUGACUUGAUAAAGACAUAGUUUGAAAACAUCGGAACGGAUGCGUUCAAUUAAACAUCUGAUUAAUUUUGUUAUUAAUAUUAAAUAAAGGUCUUUAUUUUUGGAAAUAAUAUUUUGAACUCUGUUUUUUUAAUAACCCUUUUAAUGACGUAAAAGUUAUAUACAAUAUAAUAAUAACCUAUUGAUUGAAAGAGUUAAUAAAAUUGAUGUUAGUUAUUUAAAUCCGUAAUUUAGUUUUCGACCAAAAAUAAACUAAGUAUUAUGUUAUGAAUCUUAUUGAUUUUGUAAUAAAUAGUUUUGUUGAUGUCAUUUGGAUGUUAUUUUUUGUUAUUAUGUGUAUUUAUUAUCUAUGCUAAAUUUGUUUUAAUAUGCCUUUAAAACAAUUUAAUCUGUAAUAUGUAAUAAUUAGACGUAAAACGAUUAGUAUAGCUUUUAUAAGAAUUUUGUAUAUCUGUCUAUGUAAGAUUC